UACCAUGACAAAAAUGAGGUUAGAAUCAGUUAAAGGUAUCAUUAGAGCGUGAAUGCAUCGUCACUAAAAUAUUAUCGAAAAAAUUCAUUUAUUAUUGGAUGAUCUAAAAGACAGAUAAUAAAGUUCCGUUGAUUAAAUAAUCAAAUUAUGUUACGACCAUCGAGAAGUUUAGUAACGACUCUUCAACGUGUUAAAGAAUGCAGUCCAAUUUUGCUGUGUGUACGACAACGUUCUGACAUAACGGAAUAUGAAUCACCCAUUACGGACGAAUAUAAAAGAGGUCCUUCUGAAGGACGUUCUCUAUAUCUUGAUGCUCAAGCCACAACUCCAAUGGAUCCUCGAGUAUUAGAUAAAAUGAUGCCCUAUUUUGUCUCAUACCAUGGAAAUCCUCAUUCACGGACUCACAUGUAUGGUUGGGAGACAGAGGCUGCUGUUGAAAAAGCUCGUCAGCAAGUGGCAGAAUUAAUUGGUGCAGAUAAGAAGGAGAUAAUUUUCACUUCAGGAGCGACAGAAUGUAACAACAUUGCUGUGAAAGGAGUGGCUCGAUUCUAUAAAGUGAAGAAAAAGCACAUUGUGACGACCCAGACCGAGCACAAAUGUGUAUUAGAUUCAUGUCGAGCCCUCCAAGCUGAGGAAUUCGAAGUGACUUACUUACCAGUUAAAUCAAAUGGCCUUAUAGACAUAAAUGAACUGAAAGAAGCGAUAAGGCCUGAUACUUCUCUUGUUUCUGUUAUGACUGUUAAUAAUGAAAUUGGCGUCAGACAACCUAUUGAAGAAAUCGGAGCGAUUUGCAAGGAAAAAAAGGUAUUCCUUCACACAGACGCUGCCCAAGCGAUUGGAAAGAUUCCAAUAGACGUGAAAGCAAUGAAUAUUGAUUUAUUAUCAAUAAGUGGUCAUAAAAUAUAUGGUCCGAAAGGAGUGGGUGCUCUUUAUGUGCGAAGAAGACCAAGAGUACGUGUGGAGCCUAUUCAAAGUGGCGGAGGACAAGAGAGAGGUAUGAGGAGUGGUACUGUUCCUCCUCCACUUGUUGUUGGACUUGGUGCUGCUUGUGAAUUAGCUAAAAGUGAGAUGGAAUACGAUAGCAAACACAUUAGCUCUUUAUCAACAUAUUUAAUCGACAAAAUCACCACAAAUCUUACACACGUUAUCCGAAACGGUGAUCCUGUUGCCUGGUAUCCGGGUUGUGUAAAUUUGUCGUUUGCUUAUGUAGAAGGUGAAUCGUUAUUGAUGGCUCUGAAAGAUGUUGCUCUAAGUAGUGGAUCUGCUUGUACCAGUGCUAGUCUAGAGCCCAGUUAUGUUUUAAGAGCUAUUGGUGCUUCAGAAGAUUUAGCACACUCCAGUAUAAGAUUUGGUAUUGGUCGAUUCACAACAUUUGAAGAAGUCAAUUAUACAGCAGAAAAAACAAUCAUUCACGUAAAACGUCUGAGAGAAAUGAGUCCGCUUUGGGAAAUGAUUGAGGAUGGAAUUGAUUUAAAGACUAUCAAGUGGACUCAACAUUAGCUUCAGUACUCUCUACUCGUAAUAUUUUAAUUAAUAACUCAUAUUGAUAGCGAAAAUUUUAUUACAAAAUGGCUGUUUUUUCAACUGAUAUUUUGAUUUUAUUCGAACGUUCGAUGAUCGAAAAAAAGCCUGCACCUGUCAAUGUUUCACACUGUUAAAAAGUACGUCAAUUAUUAUAAGCGCAAUUAUGUAAUUAAUUUUUCAAUUAAUUCGUUAAUUGAUUAAAGACUAUUAGUUAUAUUUAUUAA